CCCCGCCCCGCUGAGGAAAUCAGACGUCACCGCCUUGUCUUGCGCAUGUGGGUGUGAUGGGGGGUGGCGGUGAGCCUGGCUUUGUGUCCACAUUAACAGGCUGACAGCAUCCUUCAUCAUGCUCUGCGGGAACCUAUGCCCGGUGGCUCCUCGACUUGGAAAAUAGGUGGUCUUGCUUUGGAAUUCAGUCAGGAGUGAGCUUUCAGCUGAAGCGGAAAGGUGUUAUCCAAGAGUGGGGUCCGUCUCGAGUGGGAUUACUGAGGCUCUUGUCACCUCUGCCUGGAACCAAGAUGGGGAGAACAAGGAUAAAUGGCCACCACUGCCCCGCAGGGUUGCUCACUUGGACCAGGGGAUGAGGACGCACCCAGGAAACAGAGAACAAGGCGGGAGAGGAAGUGUAAUUAGGGAUGGCAGAUGGGUUUCAGGGAUGGGACCGCCUGGAGCAUUGUCUUGGGAAGGAUUCUGAGGCUGCUUUUGAGCUCAGCAGGGAAGAGCUGGACUCUCUUUCCAUGAGGAGGACGGGGCAGUGGUGCCUGAGAGAUAAAGGAAUCUAUAGAGACACAAAACAGAACUGGGGGCCAAAAAGAGGCUUUACAAAACAGGGGAGGGAGACCACGAAGCACAGAUACAAGUUGUUUUUUUUUUUUGUUUAGUUUUAUGAUUAAGAAAUAUGAAGAUCGGGGCUCCUCGGUGGCUCAGUCAGUUAAGACUUUGGCCCAGGUCUUGAUCUGGCUGCUUGUGGGCUCAAGCCCCAUGUCGGGCUCUGUGCUGACAGCUCGGAGCCUGAAGCCUGCUUCAGAUUCUGGGUCUCCCUCUCUCUCUCUCUCUCUCUGCCCCUUCCCCGCUCAUGCUCUGUCUCUUUCAAAAAUAAACAUUCAAAAAAAUAAAAAAAAAAGAAACAUGAAUGUAAAAUAUUCAAAGAGCAGAAAAGGAGAACCAGAAAAUCAUCAGGAAUUCUGCUCAUCAGAAUAAUAAUUGUGGUUAUUUGUGGCUGCAUUUCCUAGUCCUCGGAUCGGCUAGAUCCGUGUGCGUGUUUUAACACAGUUUUCCAAAAGGGUAGCAUUUUGUAUCCUCUUUUCUCUUUUAACGGCUAUCACUCUUUGUUCAUCUUUGCAUGCCUUAAGGCAAGAUCUUGAAAAAAACAUAAGCCCAAGGGUACAGCUUGGUGCCUUUCUCCCCAGUCAUUUACUGUGGGGCAUUAUAAAUUGACCUUCAGGGAUAAAAUUCUCACUUAACAGUUCAUUCUUUUUUUAGUUGUAGUAAAAUACACAUAGAAUUUACUGUCUUGACCAUUUUUUUUAAGAGUUUAAGUUUUAACGUUUGUUUUUGUUAUUUGAGUGUGUGUGUGUGUGUGUGUGUGCGCGCGCGCACACAUAAGUGGGGCAGGGCAGGGAGAGGACAGAGGAUCUGAAGUGGGCUCGAACUCACGAACUGUGAGAUCAAGACCUAAGCUGAAGUCAGAUGUUUAACAACCGAGCCACCCAGGCGCCCCUCUUUUAACGAUCCUUAACUGAAUAGUUAAGUAGCACCAAGUAUGUUCACAUUUGUAGUGCAACCAGUCUGUGUGAAUCUAUAUAGUUAGUCUGAAGUCCCGCAGCCCCUUGGGAUGGGCACCUAUUCCUGACCUUAAUUUUUAUUUUUAGAGCCUCAAGUAGAGCCCAGUGCAGGGCUCGAACUCACAACCCUGAGAUCAAGACCUGAGCUGAGAUCAAGAGUUGGACGCUUAACCGACGGAGCCACCCAGGCGCCCAUAGUUCCUGACCUUUAGAGGAGGUGGAUAGAGUUUAGGGCAGUAGGGGAGGGAGGAACAGCACGCACAGCAGGGUCUCCACAGUAGGGGUGAUUACCUCCCCAGGACCCCCCAUUGUACAGUUGAUGAAACAGAGGUGCGGGUUGUCGUUGCUUUUUGGUGUAUGGGGGAUAAAUUUAUGUUAUUGAAACAUAACAUAAAUCUGGAAAGGUGCAGAUACUGUUCAGCCGAGUGCAUUUUCGCCAACUUUUGCGUGACUUCUACAAACAAGUAACUUGCCACGGACCUUAGAACCAGUCGGGUGCAGACCUGGGAUGCUGACUUGGGAUGCCGACUUGGGUCUGCCCCACCUGCUCUGCCAUCAUCCUGCCUUUUAGGGGACAUCUCGGUAGGGCUCCCGAGAGUAAAGUUGGAUAGAAAUGGACAGAUCGGGGGUUUUGUGAAUGUUCAGUGGUGGAAUUAGACGUAGGCGUUCCAGGAGCCACUCCUGUUGAGCAGUGGAGGGACAGUGAGUCUGGGUGCUGAGGGAGGGAGUACAGGGCAGAGGUCAGCCAAAAGAGCUGCUGAGAGUUCUCAGGGGGAGAAGCAAAACCCUGGGUGCAGAAUCUUGGGCAAGUGGGGCUACAGGGCGAAUGUGGGAGUCGGGGAGAGACCCGUAAUAACUGACAUUUGCCAAGGGCUAAUGUGCUGGACACUGUGCCACGCACAUGACACAUCUUACUGCCCCCCACACCCGCCACCUGCCCGUGAGGUAGGUAAUACCAUUGUACCCGCUUUUAGAUGGGAGAACCGAGUCUCGGGUGGGUGAAGUGCCUUGCCCUAGGUUAAGUAUCCAGUGAGGAGGAGGGGCGGGAUUGGGGCAAUAUUGUUCUCAGAAUGUCACCCACGGCCAUCACAUUGUAUGGGCUGCCCACAGACACUCGUGGGUUAACGAUGCCCAAGAAAUAGCGAGCCAGCAGUGGGGUCUCCUGCUUGUGGGAGAAAGAUUCCAUAUCUGACUUCCCGGGGUUUGUUGGAACAGUGGAAACACGGUCAAAACCGGUUUCAUCAUCAUUCGUUAAGUGUGCUGUGGGUUAGCUGGAGUUUUCUCAGUGGAUUUGCUUGAAGCUGGCGGGUACCUCCGUAUUCUUACUUCAUAAGCGGAGUAAGUUGAUAUCUGCAAUUUAAGAAGAGCCUGGUUUUGGUAGGAAGUUGAUUCAAUUACCAUUUUAUAAGAUUUUCUUGGUCUGGUCUUGAUCCUGUGGAUUUCUCUUGGUUACAGUAAUUUCUGGGUGGUGAUCUAUCCCCUGUCAUUUAAGCCAAGUGACACUGGCAUUCAGUGCACCCAAAGAACAUACUAGAACAGCCUUGUUCCAAGAAGAUAGAAAAAGGCAUUAGGUGAAGUGGCAUGGAACAUCUCAAACUGAGACUGUGUUGUGAUCUCAGGCAAGGGUGUGAUUAUCUGAUUUUUUUUCCCCCCGCAGGCAGGUUGAUUCCUUCUGAGGUCAUUAAUUUCAUCCACAUCCAGGGGGAAAUUGUGUUCAUUUUGAAUUAAAAUAAAAGUAAUGGUGUUCAUCUGGUUUUGGAAACCUUCAUCUCUUAAAGCUGAUACGAUCGGUCUGUCUAUAAGUUCAUCGUGGGUCAGAACAACAGUAUUUAUAUUCAUACACACAGGACAUUCGAUUAGAUAACACAGAGGAAGAACGCAUACUGACGGGGCGUGAUUACCGUGAACUCAGGCAGCCCAGAUUCUCCGGUCCUCCUGAAUGUCAUAUUAGCUGGGGAUAUCCCUUUUGUGACGCAGGAUCUUGCAGCAAAACAGUUGGGUGUAGCCGCCUGGGAGAAAGAAACGCUCGCAGCAGGGAUUUUCCAAGCAGGCGCCUCAAUUGCACAGAAAAACAUCUUGACAGUGUUUCCACGAGCCCAGCAGUCCGAGGGUUUUGUGCACAACGUUGAAAGGGCUCUAACCAGGGCAUCCUUGGGGGUUGAUAGUGAUGGACGGGGACACUGCCAAGUAUCUGGCUGUCCCGGGGGCCUGACACAGAUGUUUGCGGGGCCCACGGUGAUGCAAAGAAUCGAGGGCCCUUUUGGAAGCACAGGCUGCAAGAUCGGUGUUUUCAGGUGCAAAGGAAAGGGCAACGUGCAUACGUAACUGCGCUCUUCUGCUCAGGAAUCCUGUGCUGGCUCUCACUGCUUUUGGGAAACCUUCAGGAUUCUCGACCUGGGGCCUGGGGACGGGGGAUGCUUCCAUCUGGACCUGUGUCUCCCACCUUCUCCUGUUCCGUGGAGUUCACUUACCUGGCUCCAGCCAAAGGGUCUGUUCCCUUUGUUCGGCCAGGCCACGCCGACCACCUCCAAGUGCUCACUGUCCUCUUUGCAAAGACCGAUCUUCCCUCCCACCUCCGCUCUUUCCCCGCUAAUUCCCCUCUUGUUCUCAGCCUCAAGGCCACUGUCAUAGGGGGCCCCUGCCACAGGGGACCUUUUGUGGUCCUCCCUGACCUCCCCAGCCUGGGACAGGAUAGGUGGGUAAUUCUCUUGGUGGGCUUUACCAGUGCAAGCACAAUUCCCAUGAAAUAAUGACUCAUCCAUUGGUGGCUUUGUGUCCUUCUCCCCCACGUUCAUAUCGCUGCCCCCUCCUCCCCAUGCCACGUGGAGCAUGUACCCGCAUCCAGUAAUGGGGGGUCCACUGGGAGGUGAAGACAAAACAAACUUUUGUAGCGAAUGGGGGUUGGCAGGACUUGUCUCAUUGCAGAAUAAUCUCCACCACCUUGGAAGUACCCUCUGAGCGCCACUUCUUGGUGAAUUGUGAGACACACGGCAUGUCGGCUUAAAUGGAGGAAAUCUCAAGGGUUGCUGAGCGGUUGGUUGCUGUGGCAGCUUCGUGCGUACAUUGACCUUGGGGUCUGGUCAGAACAUGCUGCUUUGAUGACUCCACUGACUGUUUCUGGUCCUGCCCAUUGAAGAUGUCCAGCCAGGGAUGGUUUGGCCAUGCCAUUCACUGCUCCCCCAGCCAAGAGGCAGACAGCCGCUCCUUUGAAGCCACGAAAAUGUUUCUUAUUUUGAAUGUUAUUUUGAUUUCUUUUUUUCUUUUUUUUUUUUUAAGCUGCACACUUAUUGGGCUCUGGGCUUAUUUGUUUUAAGUGCUGAACUCUUCUGUUAAAUUUUUAUUGAUUAAAAAAAAAAAACUCGGGGCACCUGGGUGGCUCAGUCGGUUAAGCGCCCGACUUCAGCUCAGGUCACGAUCUCAAGGUUCGUGGGUUCUAGCCCUGUGUCGGGCUCUGUGCUGACAGCUCAGACCUGGAGCCUGCUUUGGAUUCUGUGUGUGUCUCUCUCUCUGCCCCUCCCACACUCACACUCUGUCUGUCUGUCUGUCUGUCUGUCUCUCUCUCUCUCUCUCUGAAAAAUAAACAUUAAAAAAAUUAAAAAAUAAAACUCAGUUAUGUACUUAAAAAAAUUUUUUUUCAUUUAUUUAUUUUUGAGAGACAGAAAGAGUACAAGUGGGGAGGGGCAGAGAGCGAAAGAGACAGAAUCCAAAGCAGGCUCCAGGCUCUGAGCUGUCAGCACAGAGCCCAACGCGGGGCUCGAACUCAAAAACUGUGAGAUCAUGACCUGAGCCGAAGUCGGACGCUUAACUCACUGAGCCACCCAGGCACCCCCUCAAUUAUAUACUUAUAUUCUUCUCAUGGAAAACGAUGCCUUACAGAAAAAUAUGAAGUACCCCUUCCUCCACUACCAGUCCCAUUCCUGUCCCACAUCCCGCUUUUCCAGUCUUUCUCUAUGUUUCUGUAUGUUCAUGCUCAAGCAUAUUGUUUUAUAGGAAGUGUAUGGUAUAAUUUUAUAUAAGAGUUUAUUUACACAUAAGAGGAAUCCUGUUGUAGGUACCAUCCUGCAGUUUGCCUUUUCACUUAAUAAAAGACUUUGUGGAGGGAGGCACCUGAGUGGCCCAGUUGGUUGAGUGUCUGGCUCUUGGUUUCGGCUCAAAUCAAGAUCCCAGGGUGGUGGGAUCGAGCCCUGAGCAUGGAGCCUGCUUAAGAUAUUCUUCCUCUCCCUCUCUCUCUCUCUCUCUCUCUCUCUCUCUGUCCCCCUCUCUGUCCGAAAGAGAGAAAAAGAGGGAAAGUCAGACUUUGUGGAGAUGUAUCCAUGUUAGUUCAUUGGAACCAUAUAAAUUGUGCUAACUUGACUUACUCCUCUAACUGUAAAUGGCAGAAGAUUUAACAGAUGGGCUGGGAUUCCCAACACCCUGCCGUCUACUCCCUCGGCACUGGCUGGAGUACAAGCUGGUAGGGCACUCUGGGAAGGCUGCACUUCUCUUCCGGCAAGUUCUGUUGCAUGUUACCAAGGGCCACUUGUGCUUGUCCCCAGACCUGAUCAGGCUGGUUGUAGGUGUUACUGUAAUUACAUAAUUUACUUGAAGAUUAUAUAAACUUCUGGAACACGAGUGCGAAAAGAGAGUGGUCGUUUAUAUGAAAGCCAAACGGAAUGCUUCGGAAAGUCUCAGUAGAGAGUUGCUGAAAACCAGGCUGUUGUGGGUGAGACAGCGGGGAAGGCCAUACUACCACCGGCCUCAUGGAGGUCUUUAAGGAAACAGGAAUUGGGUGUUAUCUGUUGCAAAUCGCUUGGGGUUUUAUGUGAGCAAGAUAGUGGGGACGUCAGAGGCGGGGCCAUCCUCAAGGAAGAGGCAUUGUCCCUACCAUGAAAGAUGGGGAACAAAUACACAUUUUGCAUGUUUCCAGUAAAAAUCACAUACCUGUUUCAUUUCGUAAUAACGAUUGACUUCUUUUGGGCUCAUCACCAGUCACUGGUCCUGGUAGCUGGAGACCCACCAUUCUCUGUUCACAUUCCAUGAAAUGGUUGUCCCUCCACCUCCGGCCCUGUCAGUGGAUGUGAUGUGAAGGACAUUUCUCACCGUUCACGUUUAAACACAGUGCAGGAGCAAACAGCUCUUCUGAGAUUGCAUGCACAGAUCAGUUGUGGGUACAUGCUGAGAUGCGGAAUUGCUGGGUGUGGGCUCACUUGGUCGGCAGGGAAGCUGGAGCUCCGUGACCCAGGACGGGUUUUUACCUGGGAAGGAGGGUUGCACAGGGGCCGUAUGUUAAACGUGCACGUAUUCAACCAGCGCUUGGGUCUCUUUACUUAGUAGGCAUUUCUCGUGCCUCACUUGGUGUGCCGGGGGCUGCGGUGGGCCUUGGGGGUUAGGAGAUCCCCAGCAUGGGGUGCCUGGCCUCGCGAAGCAGGCCAGAUUAUUCUGUAUGUGGGAGAACAGACUGCCUGAGUCUCUGGACCUUCGUCUGAGCGGAAUGCUCUCCAUCUGUCCUGGUCACCUCGGACUACCUUAACACAGUACCACUGACUUGGGGGGCUUGAGCAACAGACGUUUGUCACAGCUCUGAGGCUGGAAGUCUAAGGCCAGGGUGCCAGCCUAAUCGGUGCCUCGCGAGAGCCCUCUUCCCGGGCUUCCCCCUGUGUCCUCACGUGGCCGACACCGAGGGCUCUGGGCUCCCUCUUCUCGCAAGGGGUUCCCACUCUCAUGUCCUCCUCUAACCCCAAUUAUUCCCUGAAGGCCUCCCUUCCCAAUCUCAUCACAAUGGGGUUAGGGCCUCAGCGUGUGGAUUUGGGGGGUGGGUAUUGGAGACACAAACAUCCAGUCUGUACCAUCCCCAUCAUGGGAGACAGAGAGGGGAGCAUUUUACAGGGGGGCAGAAUGUCUAAGAUUGACUUGUAGCUUUGCUCUUGAGGGGGUUGUGAAUUUUCUGUUCUAGGCUUAGCGAAAGGCAAGUUCAGGGGUCCAUUCCAAAGAGUGUUCGUCUGACCCCCUGCUGACUUGGAAUGUGUGAGGUGGGGGAGGGCAAAGGUCUGGCAUCAUGGGACCCCUGUGUCCCUCCUGGUUCUGCCCAUUGCUUGCUCUGUGGCCUCGAAGAGAUUGCUUCACCUCUCUGGGCCUCAGCGUACACAUCUGAUAGGUGGGCUGGGUCGGGCUUGGGCAAUCUGAAGACAGAAUGGUCCUGAGAUGGCACAGAGUUUGUGGCUGUCUUCGCCUUGGGCAGAAUGAUGCCCUUCCCUCUCCUCAUAUCACAGCCAAGGCUGCACGACAGCCACAGAGCCUUCUUGGUUGGCACCAUGAGAACGUUCGAGAGCAAUCACGUUCACCCCCAUAGAUGGCUGCUUACUGCGAAGGCAUUUUAUCGGCCAGCCAUUCCCACGUUAAGGUCCAGGGCUGCUGGGACUCUGCCGUUGCCCUCCUGGGCCCUGCUGCACCUGUCUGUGGCCCUGCCUUGGCCCAGUGAGCAGUGGGUCUGAAUGUGAUGAGAAGGAGGUCAGUCGGGAGAACGAGAGUCUGAGCCUUGAAGGAACAAGGCCUGGGUUCAAAUUCAGCCUUUAGCUCUGUGAUUUCAGGCAUGUUACUUUCCCCCUCGGUGCCUCAGUUUCCACACAUGGAUAAAACAGACUACCGUCUUAGAACAGUGCCAGGCCUAACAAAGAUGGAGUUCAGUUCCCUGCGAUGAAGAGAAAUCCUUUGGCCCUGGAAGUCUCUCUUUCCAAGGAAGUAACUAAGUUUGAGUGCAUUGUUUAAAAAUUGACUCCUUCCAAUCCAGCUGUGACCCCUGAAGUCCCUUCUAUUUCAGAACUUCCCCUCCCUCUGUAAAGAAAAGAGUAUACUGAGCUAAUUGCUGGUAUGAACCAUAUUGCAGGGAAAAAGGUUUAUCCUGCUUAGGAGAAUGCAGCUAUUUUAAGGAACCUUUAGCACAUUUUUAUUUGCAUCCACCUGCUGCAAGAAAUCUCCAUUGUGAACGAGCCUCCUUGGGGUAACCGUUCUCCUUGGAGAUCAGACCCUCCGCUCAGGAGAAAGGGGGAGGGGUAGAGUGUACCAGGGGCAGGCCCUGCGUGGUGAGGUCGCCCCCCAUCAUUCUACCCUUCGUGGGCUUCCCUGAUCGCCUCCCCUUGCUGCACCGCGGUUCUGAAUUUGUGGAGACAGACCCGCACUUCCCUUUUAAAUGUGGGAGGAAGUUUCCUUUUAAAACAGGGCCCAGGCUGCAACGUCAUGCAGGUGAAACAGAGCGGGUUUAUUGCAGCCUCUGGUGCUGCGUGUGGUAGACCUAACCUGCCAAGGCUCUCUUCUAAUUACCCAUUGAGCUCUCUUGUUCUCAAGGUGUGAGUUAGUGUGCGCGUGCGUGCAGGUGGGCCGGGAGGUAACCUCCUGUUUAUCAACAUUUCCUCCUCCAGCCAGCCUGGAACUGGCCCUCAGGCCUCAGCUUUCAGAACACACCCUCUCUGCUUGGAGUCUAGAGGCUCCCGUUUCUACCCUGGCUGGGCCCAAUGCAGUGGAGCCAGGCCCAUGAGUGUGUGCGUGCGUGUGCGUGUGUUUGUAUACGUGUGGAGUGUUGCGUCUGCACACGUGUACGUAGGGGGGUUUACGUGCGUGCGUGUUUACAUGUUUUGUGUGUGUGUGUGUGUGUAGGGCGUGUAUGUGUGUGUGUUUGUACACGUAUAUGGAGUGUUGUGUGUGUAUACACGUGUGUGUGCAGGGGGUGUCUCCAGAGUCGAGUAACUUGAGUGGCACUUAAAACUCCCCAUCACCCACAGGGCAAAGUUCACCUCCUUGUUUUCCAGGCAGAGAAGGCUGAAUUUGGCCCCAAAUCAAUCUUUAUUUUCAUCUCCUGCCAGUUCCUUACCAGGCACCCUGUGCCCCAGCCGCAGACAGACAGUCUUUUCUUAUUGCCCAAAGGGCCCGUGAUCGUGGGUACUUCCAGACCUUCGGGCGUGCCAGGGAUCCCCCUUCUGUCCUCUUUCCUGGCCCAGCUCACAUGCUGUGAAACCUCUGAGGCCUGCCCAGGCCUCGUCCUCCCUCCUCUGGGCUACUUAGCCUUCCGUGUGCUUGCACGACAUGCUCACCGCGUGCACUGUUGUAUUUGAUUUAAUGUGUCCGUCAUCCCAGCAGACGUCCUGCUACCUGAGAGCAGGUACAGAGUCUGACCCAUCACCACACGCAGCACAGUGCGUGGCGGGGCGCCCGUGCUUGGUGCUGGUCAGAGCGACGGAGCGGACGUUCGUGUGGUGAGGCUAGAACAGCUGCUUGGCAAACAGUAUCGACAUCGAUAAUAGUACGUGUUUGUUGAGUGUUCGGUGCUGGGCCCCGUGCGAAGCACUUUACCUCAGUGAAUGCAUUUGAUUCAAACCACCCUGGCAGGCAGGUGCUGGAAUUAUCCCCUGUUUUCAGCCGGGAACGGGAGGCUCAGGCAGGAAGAGCAAGUUUACUCCGGGUCGCUCGAUUAUACGCGGUGGGUCCAGGAUGCUCACCGUGAAGGAGGGUAACCAGUUACCUACCACCCUGCUCCUCUUCUGGAAACCAGCCUCUCCUUGGCACUUCUUCCACGUGACGGCGGCUUUCCAGUUCCUCUUGCCCUGCUUUCCUGGGCACAGGAACCGCCCUGCCCGCCUGCCCUCCCACGGGCCCUAGGAUCUUUGCACGGGAUUUCCACGUGCGGUUGCAAGCCUGGGUCUCAGCUGAAUGACAGAGCACAGGGUCCCCCACAUGCCUGUAAGAGAAUUCCUAAAUUUGCUCCAAGCGGUAUCACCCCCCCGCCCCCCCUCACCGGAGGCAUACCUAGUGACUGCAGGGAGAACCCAUCGUGACCUACAUCAGAAGGAAGUGGGGCAGCCAGUCGGGGGGAGAAACACAGAUGACGCUCGCUCGCCGUGAAUAACGGUGUUGCAGAACAUCACAGCCACCGGUCGGGGAUGAAAGGCAUUGAUUGAUAAUAGAAGCUCACACUCAUCCUCAUUGUUAUAAGUUAAUAAUUUUUCUGAGACCUCCUGAGGGGACCCCGCUGCCUGAGCAGGGAGGGGAGGGAACGGCGGCCCCAGGGGAAGGAGGAGUCCUGCUCUUCAACUGAGUCUAGAGCGAGCAGACUUCCCGGCUUCUUCCCUGGCGUCAGGGGGAGAGGGAAGGACACCCGAGAAAGGACGUCUCACUCUGGUGGCGGCCGCUCACUGUGGACACCCGGUGAGACGGAGCCCAGGAUGUGGGGCCCAGACGGUCUCUGAGGUGGGAAGGAAGAACCGGGCUGGAAAUCCGUUCAGGAGCCAGUCCAGUGGACUGCUUUCUCUUCGUCUGUUCUCCGUGGGCUUGGCGGCAAAGGGAACGAGGCUCCGAGCGGCAGGCCAUGCAUUCGUGCACGCGUUCAUCUGUUUCAUUAAUGUUUAUUGAGGGUCUGUGUCCCAGGAACCACGCGAAACGUUGGGGAUAUAGUGAUGAGCAAAGGCUGUGUCCUACCCUUGCUCUCAGCCUGCUGGAGAAGACUGAUGUCAGAUGCUUACAAUGUGGGCUAAUAAAGUAGGGUAAUGAACAUCAUUCAUUCGUUCAUUCAUUCAUUCAACCAACCCGCGGGUGCCGAGCACCUACUGUGCUCUGGGCAUUGUUCUAGACCAGCACUGCCCAAUAUGGUAGCCGCUAGCCACAUACGGCUGUUGAGAGUUAAUUAAAAUUAAACGAAAUUAAAAGUUCGGUUCUUCAGAUUUCAGAGACUCUAUGGCCACAUGUGGGUAGUAGCUCCUGUACCGGCCAGGAUGGACACAGACCAUUUCCAUCGUUGUGGAAAGUUGUGUUGGGCGGGCUGCAAAGGUGAGGCGCUUGGAAAAGCUCUCUGUCCUCGGGGUUCCAGAUCUAGCGGCUUUGGAUACAGACCGGUGUGUGUUCGUUAGCAGACGGGGUGGUAGGUGCACAGAUGGGGCUGCACGGAAGCAGGGCAUCUGAGCCGAGCCUGGCCUAGAGGGAGGGAUGUUUCAGUGAAUUCCGAGUCACGUGAAGAGGGUGGGGGGCAAAAGGGGCAGGGCCCAGCGUCCUGGGAGGGAGGAGCGUGUGUCCAGGCCUGGCCAUUAGAAGGAGGCCAGAGAGACCGCGUGGCUGGUUGUGGGCCCCACGUGUGUUGACUGGGCCAUGUGCGAGGGGCCAGCUGAAGGCAGAAGAGACCGGGCCACACAGGCUCUCCUGGGACUUUCUGCCACCCCUGAGGCCGACCCUUCCCUGGGCGUGUGGGCAGAGGGUCCUGUAACCACAUCGGCCAGACUCUUGGAAGGAAGGUCUGGUUCGAGGGGCCAAGGGUGUACAUCUUGCUCAGGCUGAGCCCUGGGGACAGACUGCCCCGUCAGGCAACAGCUGAGGGUGGCAGAUGGGGGAUGGAGAGAGGAAGGAGGAGGGGGGAGGAGGUGCCUGCUUCGAGCUGUCUGCAGGGUCCAGACAUGGGUGUCUGUCCUCUCAGUGUCCAAGAAAACAACUUGGGAAGCAGCCCCUGCUCCCCUUGUGGGACCGCAGAAGGAAGGCAGAGGCAGCGGCUGUGAUUCUGGGGCAGCCAGAGGGGAUUCGACGUCUCCACCCGCCUGGGACUGGGUCGUGCCCUGGGGAAGAGGGGACACUGGGAGAGUCAGGCAGCCCGUUCAGCUCCGCUCUGUCCUGUCACUGGAGCAGCUCACGGCCACAGGUCCCAGCUUCCUUGUCUGCAAUCUGGUGACAGUAAUGUCAUCCUGUAGGGCUGCGGGGACAGUUUUGACAUAAUCAGAGCCACUGGCGUUCGUGGAGGGCUUACCUUGAGCCAGGCAUUGUGUUGCAUCCUUCACACUAGGAUCUCUUACCAGAGACCCUCCUGACCCGUGAGGUGGCUCGUUCUCUGUGGGGGGUUGGGGGGGCGAUACCCUGUUUGUGGAGGGUGUGACCUGCUAGAUGCCGGUAGCACCUGCCCCAGCGUGACACCCAGCAGCGUCUCUAGACAUCGCCAGAUGCCCACGGCUGAGAGCCCCAUUUUAUAGACGGAGCCGGCUGCCAUCCGAGCCGAACCGUGGCCAUCAGGCUUCAAACUCAGGUCUGUGUGCCUGGGCUGGGGCACUCAUCCAUGAACUCCAUUUUACCUUUGGCCUGGGCGGAAGGAGCGCAGCCCAGGGCCAGGCACACAGUAGGUGGUCGGUGAGGCCUCUUCCCACGACGGAGCGCUAGUUCAUUUAGUCAGAAAACCAGGCCCUUCGUGCUGGAAGCUGGCAGCGCAGGGUGGGGAGGGCAGGGCCCGACCCCCAGCCUGGCCCUGACUUACCUUACUUGCUGGCACACCACGGCCUGCUUGAGGGCGGAGGGAGCCGUUUGUACUUGACAGGCCACGAUUAACCUCGCCCGGCUGGUAAAUCAUCCGAAGGACAGAACUUUCCCCUGGAAAAUGCCAGCCUGGCCGACGCGGGCCGUUGUUUCACAUCUGCACUUCCUCCCUCGGGCUUGGACGGCCCACCGGGUCGGGAGCCACGCAGAGGGCCGCCGCGAAAUCGUGCCCAAGUAGAUUAGUCCCUCUCUUCCCUGCCAGGGCUGGGCUGUGUGUGUGUGAGAGAGAGCGAGCGAGAGUGUGGUGGGGGUGUUGGGGAAGCAGCCCUGAGAGGCAGGCCUGAGGCCUCCUUGUUUGUUUACUGUCUUUGGAAACCACCAUCAGUGAUGCAAUCAUCCCCAGAGGGCAGAGGUGGCAAGGACUGGCCUUUGCCAAACCUGGCACUCUGGGCCUGGAGCAGGGCACGGGGUGCCGACCGGCUCCCUCGUCCCCUCUAUGUCGAGAAACCGUGCAUGUACACACACGUGUGCGUGCACGCUCGUAUUUAACACGUGCCUGCGUGAGCUCUGUGUGCAUGCGUGCACACACACGUGUGUGCACCUGUCUGUGCGUGUGCGUGUGUAAGUGUUGUGGUGUGUGAUGUGACCCACCCGCGCCGUGGUUGUAGGGCCGAGGUCAUGUCCUCCAGGCACCUGGCAUGUGCCGAUGUUGGCCCUUCUCCUUCGCCUCUCCUUUUCAUACGCAGUGGAUACACAGCUGGGUUGGACACACAGCUUUGCCUGUUCCUCGCUGUGACCUGAGGCCAGUCACGUGCGCGGAGUCUCAGUGUUCUCCUCUGUGAAAGGGGAGAGUUAAGGCAGCUGCGGGAGGUUGCAGUGAGGUCCACGGGUGACCGGGGUGCACCUGGCUGAGGGCCGGGCUGGGAGAGGGCAGGCCAUAGAUGGCUUGUCCCCCAGCUUGGGGAGGCGUGGCCUUGCCCACGGGGGGCUCAGGAGAACAGUGGGGGCUCUGGCUGCUUGCUGCUCUUGACCCUGAAAGCUUGGCGGCAUCGGGUAGGACUGCAUAGGCGGGUCUCAUCCUACCUUCUGUGUUCUUGGUGUGGUUAGUCACAUAGCUUCUGGUGCCAGGGGAGGCCUGAACUCAGUGGGGAUUUCGUGCUCCUAUGGCUUGCCUGGUCAGAGUUAGAAAUUACUAGAAGGCCAAGGUCAGGGGCUCCAGAGACCCUGGUUUUGCUCAGUGGUGACCACCACACUGUCAUUCUUACAUGAAGCUGCCGCCCUUUUCUGUGGUGACAGCCCCCGGCAUUCUCCCUGUUUGCCCAGGAGAGGACAAAGAAUCCCACUCCCAUUUUGUGCACACUGCGUGCCCCCUCCCCCCAGCUCCAUCAGAUAAAUCCAGAGGGUUCUCAGUAACCACGGACAACGGAAAGCGAAGAAAAUAGGAGUAUUUUCUCUGCCUUGCCACUGUUUUCUGAUUAGUCACUCCUAACUAAUUAGCAAGUGACAAAUGGGACAAUAAAGCUCUGAAAAUAUCCAUCGACAUCCUAGAAUCGCAGCCACAGACAUGGCAGAGGGCCUGGCCAAGAAGCAGAGAGGGGGGAAGACAUCUGUGGGAGGCAGGCACGGAGGUCCGAGGCGCUCUGGGCAUGUCAGGAAGGUGGCUGCAGGUGGGCCUGAGAGACACGUGUGGGACAUGUGCGAGGGGUGUGGGAAACUCCCCCCUGACACACACACACUGUCUGGGAGAAGUGGUUUCCCGUCACCAUCAUCCAGGGACACAGGUGGACGUCCCCCGUCCGGUGUGGAAGUUGUCAAGGGGACCCUGGGGACUGUGUCGGGGCCUCUGGCCAGGGUGGCCUCUCUCUGAAGGCAGCUGAGACCCCUCAGGUGGACAGUGUGUGGGGGCGGGUGUGUGUGUGGGCGGCAGCCGCUGCUUCCGUAGCCGGGUCCCCCCACGCCUUCUCAGGACGGCUGAGGUGGUGCCACGACAUCGGGCAGAAGAUGCUUUCUGGCAGCUCUGUUGACAUGUCCGUGGAGGGUCCGUGGGGACCCGCUCCACAUGGGCGGCACGCGGGGGGCUGGGUGGCGGUUGUCCCAGCAGGACAUGCAGCCCCCCUGCCCCGCGAAGCCCCAGGAUUCCCAGGGUGCUCAGCGUUGCGGUGCCGUCCUUUGGCCUUGGAGGCCCCACGGAGGUGUCUCAUGUCACGUCCUCUCAUGUUUGUUCGGCCACAGCCCGUCCUGUCACCAUGGCUUGGCUUCAAGGGGGCAGGAAUCUCCAUCCCUCACCUACUGGGAAGGAGGAGGCAACUCAGUGGCCGUUGUCUCAUGAAGGUAGGUUCCGUGGGGCUGAUUGUCACCGGCCGGGGAGCCCGAGAGUGCCCUACAGGGCACUGUAGUUUCCCGUGGCUGGUAUGACAAAUUCCCACGAACUUGGAGGCUUAGAACCACACCGGUUUACUGUCUCACAGUUCUGGAGACCAGAAGUCCGACAUGGGUCCCCUGGACUAAAACCAAGGCAUCAACGGAGCCAUGUCCCUUCAACUUUCCCAGCGUCCACAGGCCGCCCGCGUCCCCAGGCUCACGAUGGCACUGCUCCCGCUCUCCGCCUCUGCCCCUCCUCCCUCCCUCUUACAGGGACCUUCUGAGGCUAUGGGGCCCACGGGGUAGCCCAGCAUCACCCCCGUCUCGGCAGAGCCCCGCUUGCUGUGGCAGGCCCCGUAUUCACAGGUUCUGGGGAUUCAGAUGUGGACACCUUGGGGGGCCUGGGGGGGCGUGGUUCUGCUGGCCACAGCGGGCCAGCCCUGGCACAAGAGACCCAGAUCCCUCCCGCCCCCACGUGUCCCCCCAUUUCCACCAGACAUUGUGCUGGGGCCGGGGGUGACUAGGUCCCAGCCCUCACAGAGUUUCCAGUCCGUCCCAGAGGGGAGGCCGACGUGAACGGGAGUUUCCACGGGCAGGCGAGUUUUAUCGGGUGAGCCGGUCUCCUCCUCCAGGGCUGCGGGAAGCGACUCGUCAGCUGUGGUCUGAGGGAGGAGGAGGGUGAGGGAAGUCAGCUGGGAGCACAGACCUGCAGAUGGGUCUUGGCACCCGGGGCCUGAACUCCCUGUUGCUGGAAAUCCCUCCUCGUUUUUGUCCACCGUGGUGGCGCCUGCUCUGUCCUCGGACCCUCUGCCCGCUGGUUUUCUGGAAGGUGGGAGGGGUCGGCUCCCUCCCAGCCCUGGUCUCUGGCCCAGCGGCCGUGCCUCCAGGAGGCUGCCUGGACGUGGCUGCAGCGAUGUGGGAAAUAGGACCCAGGACCAUAUUUGCAAAAGCAACAGAGUUGAAAGCUGGGCGGGCAGGCUGGGUUCAGCUGUUUGCACUGGGGGAAGCGCUGGCCUCAGAGAUGCCUUCUUCCUCCUCCGGCCAGAAAGGGAGGUUGUUUCAGACUCUCUGAUGAGGAGCAUCUAUUCCAAACAAACCCUGCUGCCCGUCCGGUGCCAGCCUGGAACAGGGGAGGCGACUGUGACACGCCGGGCCGCCCCUUCACGGCGGUGGGUGAGGUUGCUCAGGCCAGCGCUGGGGGUGGGGGUGGGGGGUGGGGAGCAGGACCUCAAGUCCAGCCUUGAGAUAAAAGCCGGGCACGCUCCACUGGCUGCGGACACACCUCCCCUCCCCGCCCCGGAGAUGCCAUUGUGUCUUGUCUUUCCCGCGCCCUCGCCUCUCGCCAGAAGCUGUAGGUCGCACGGCCAACGUUCUUCUCUGGGGUGGAAAAAAUCAGGGAAUGAAGUACGAGCUUCCGAUUAGCAGAGACAGAAAAAUCACCGGCGGGGGGGGGGUCCCUGUGCUGCGGCCUCCCCAGGUCCCCUUGCUGUCACAUGCCCGCCCUCCUUGGCCUUCCAGCACCCUCUGGGCUUUGGACGCAGUGGGCAAGGGCGUCCAGUGGGCUGUGAGCAGCAAGGUGGGUUGCCACGUCAUACUCGGUCCUGGGCCGGGAGGCGGAGGCUGCCUCCCCAGCUCGUGGGUGUGACGCGGCCCCCUGAGCGUGCCACUUGGGAACCGAAGUAAAUAGUUGCUAAGUUAAUUGUCUUCCUUGCUGAGUUCAGCGAGGGCAGAGACCCUAGGACGUGAUCGGCACCCAGUAAGUGUGUACGUUGAGUGGAACCUACCUUUGCUGUAAGAAUUGAGUUUUACCUCUGAAUUAACCAGUUCUAGGUGUGUAGUUUGACCUCAGAGGAAAUACCCUUCUCUUCCAAAGGUAUUUCUACCUACUGUUCUGUAACUGAGCUCAUUUAAUGCAAAGAGAAGCGAAGGAGCAGGGGGAUUCAGAGAAAUCUCCUGCAUCAGCCGGAUGUACAGCCGACUAGUGGUAGUAAGUGGGGCAUCUGUUCCACUGCUUUCCACAGCUGUGCCCGGGGCAGGCAUCAGUAAUCAAUCACCACUCUUUCCACUUGAGCCCCGAUGAGGCUGCAGAACCCUUCACAACUCACUUCCAGGAAGCCACCUCCAGGCAUCUGAGAGGUCUGCAAAAUCCCGAGUUGGCAGACAGGUCCACGGAAUCUAAUGCAUCUCAUACCUUCUACCCGGAUUUCUACUCUGACUCAGGACAGUCGCCGUACUGUCUCGUUUUCAUCAACAAGUGUCUGUCCUGCAGCCGCUUUACGGGCCGAAUAACCCUGGUCAGGCCACUUCAUUCUUCCGUGGCGCUCAGGCCCUUGUCUGUAGAUUGGAGGGAAUCGUACACCUGGCAAGACUCCGACUCCGUGAGACCCAAGCAAAGCACAGAACGCUUAGCACAGUGCCCGCUAGCACCUAGUGGCACUCAAGAGACCACCACAGCCUUAAAAUACCUUUGUCCCCCAUCUGGGGUGGGGUGGGGGGGCAGAUUGAGCCCCUGGCCGCAGGUGGUGCUGGGCUGGAAGUGCCCAGGGGUGCCCAGCCCUUCCCAGAGGCAGUAAGCGUUCCCCAGCCUCUGGCAAGCCCUCCUCAGCAAAGUCCUGCAACGGGAGGGCCACCCUCUCUUGCCCUGGUGCCUCACCCCUGCAUUCACAGUCCCAGGGGUCCACCCCAGGGGGCCUCGUCUCAGGUCUGCCGCAUCCAGCAAAAAGCCAGAGCGAGAAGAAAGCCUGUCAUUUCCCCUCUUGCAGAAAUCCACAAGAAGUAUUUCCAAUGUUGUCAUAGUUAUAAUAAGCAGCAGGCAUCAUCCAGGGUGGGGAAACGUGACGGAGCAGUGCCGAAAAAAAUACCCUUGGUUCCUUUAUCUCCAGAGUGGUCUCUGUGGCUCUGGAGAAAUCAGGGUUCCCCUGGGCUUAGGUGGGAACAGUUUUCUCCUUUCUGACUUAGCUUGAGGGCACAGAACUACACCCCAGUGGGGGACACACAGACCUGGUGACCGUACGGACUUGCGAACAUGGCUGCCAGGCCUCCCCAGGCCACGUGGCGGGGGGGGGGGGGGUUCCUCAGGCAGAUCCAAGGCCCUGGGACCCUCUGUGGCGCCUGCUGCUGUUACAGGCAGCUGGUCAGGGGCGUUACCUGGGCAGGUGUGUUUCGUCUUCCUUGCCUCUGCCGGUCCCUGUUUGUCCCUGGGUUCAGAUCCCUCUGUCUUCUCCAGAACUCCACGUGCCCGACGUUGCUUCAGGAGCUCCCAUAACCACGAUUUCGUGUCAGGAGCCCGGCCACCCUGGCAGUGCACGUAUCUACCAACCCUACGUUGCUAGACUGGCUCUCAGAGGGCUGAAGCCACUGGCCUGAGGUCACACAGCUCCUAAGUGACAGAGCCAGAAUGUGCCCCCAGUCCUCUGAUUCUGGUGCAUGUGCAGUGGGGCCGUGCGUGUGGCCUCCUCACGACACACAUUGGACCUUUGCCAGAACUUUGCCUGGAUGAAUAAAUAAAACCAGCGGUAGGGAAGAAACUCAAAAAUUAAGAGGCCAGCAGUAUGAAAUCUGGGAGGUAGAUUUGACGUGGGUCAUUGUUGAGAGAAGGACUGCCUUCCUGGCCCUUCCCUGCAGCCCCAUGGCCUUAGAACAGCUGUCUCUGCCUCGCCGACCCUCUGCCCCUGUCCUGCAGGGGUCCCGGAACCCCCCUCCUGCCCUGAUCCGUCCGUGACCAUGCACGCUAGAGCCGGUGAAACCGCUGGGGGGCAAUUAUUGCCACUGGGGCUGUCCUGAAGGGGGGGCCUGAUUCCUGCCAAGUGAUUGUUCCUCCUGGACCUUGUUUUCCUCACCUCUGACGCGGUUCAGCAGUAAAAUAAAUGUCUACAGCUGGGAACCACGAAGGUAACAGCCAGGAGGUAAACCUUGUCACGCAGUAAGUGCUUAAUAAAUAGGAGCUUCUUACUGGCUGUCCUUUAUUUCUCUUACGACUUGAGUACAGUCCCUGCCAAAUAGAAGCAUCGUCUCCUCUGCCUUCAGCCUUUGUUUCCCUGAAAAACGCAGACCCGGCGAGGAGCCGGGAAUCCAGCUGGGGAGGCAUCUCGUUGGGGUCGGAACUUGGGCUCCGGAGUCACACCGGCCACACACGUCUGCACGUCUGUGACCUUUGGCAAGCCGCAUCCCUGGUCUUGGCCUCGGUUUCCGCGGCUGGAGGACGGGGGGUCAUUUUGCUACCACCCCUGUGGUCUCUUUCACAGUCUCACCAAAACCUCGUCAGGUGCCGCGGCCCAGCGUCCGGCACGCCGUGGUGCCCAGUGAGGACUGUUCUUGGCAGGACGUUGCGGAUAUCUUGGUGGACGUCGUUGCUGCCAGUCUCGUGUGUGUGGAGUGCGUAUGUGUGCGUCCGCGUGUGCGUUUGGGUCGGGGAGGGGGCGCUGCCCGUCAGAGCCCUUCUCUGGGAAGGGAGUCACGCUCUUCCCGCCCUUCUCCAAGAGCCCCCGCUUGGCCAGAGCCACCAGGCGGCGUCAUCUGGAGGGUCAGGAAGGUGUGGGUCUGGCCUGGUGCUGCCCACCACUGGGGCACAGCCCUUCCAAGGAGGCAGGGGCUGCCUGGGGGCUGGGAAGACCCUGCUGUGGCGUCUCCACUAUGGCCCUGCCUUCCGAUACAACCCGGGCCAGGGACCCGAAGAGCGAAGCCGGCCCCUUACCUGGCCACAGCUCACCUUAGUGUGCCGUCAGAGGCCCAUUCUACCUGCUGGACCCCCCGCCUCCCGGGGGCUGGGAUGCCUCAGGGAGCAAGGCAAAUGCAGCUCAGUACGGACGGGCCAGCGGCUGGCCAGGGACACAGGCGUUGAAUGUGUUAGAAGGGGACGUCUGCUCUAGAAGCUGUCCGUGGCCUUCGGUUGCUCCUACCCUUUGGCCGGAUACCCUUUGGUACCCUUUGGCUCCUACCCUUUGAUGGAUAAUGCUGCGGUGAACGUGGGGGCGCGGCUACCCUCUCGGGUCCCUGCUGUCGACUCUCCUGGGCAGGUGCCUGGGGUGGAGCUGCUGGCUCAGUGGUAAUUCCGUUGUUGAACUUGGGGGGGAAUCUCCUAAGCGGUUUCCCGCAGCGGCUGCCCCGUUUUGCAUUCCCACCACCAGCGCGCAAGACUCCGGGGCCUCCGCACCCCCUCGGCUUUGUUAUUUUCUGGUCUUCUCGUAGUAGCCACCUCGAUGGGUGUGGAGCGUCCUCUCCUGGUGGGUUUUGAUUCGUGCUUACCCCGGGGCCUGGCUUACCUGGUUACCCUGGCGAAUGGGGAGCUCGUGUGUAACGGGGACCAGGUUUCAGGUUGGGAGGGUGAGAAGGUUCCAGAGAUGGACGGUGGUGGCUUUGGCACAACAGUGGGGAAGGAUUUAAUGCUGCCGUGCGGUACGUUUAAAGAUGGUUAAAACCAUAAACUUUAUAUUACGUCUAUUUGACCACAAUUUUUUAAUGUUUGUUUAUUCAUUUUGAGAGAGCAAGAGAGAGCGUGAGCAGGGGAGGGGCAGAGAGAGAGGGAGACAGAAUCCCAAGCAGGCUCUGCACCGUCAGCACGGAGCCCAAUGUGAGGCUCAAAUCCGCCAACCGUGAGAUCAUGACCUGGCCAGAAUCGAGUCGGAUGCUUAACCCACUAAGGCACCCAGGUGCCCCACCACGAUGUUUUUAAAAAAGGAGGUACCCCAUUGGAGGAACCCAAUUUGAAGGGUGUUCUGUAAACCCCCUGAGCAGUGUUCCUGAAAACUGUCAAGAACCUCAAGGGCAAAGAAGGUGGGAAACUGCUCCAGACUAGAGGAUGCCAGGGCGAUACGAGGACACGUGUGAUGUGGCAUCCGGGCUGGGACCCUGGGGCGGGAGAGGGGCCCUGGGUGGGGGACGCAGUGACGUCCAAACGGCGCGUCCGGGUCAGCCGGUACUCCGGUGCCAAUCCCGGUCUCUUGGUUGUGACCGGUGCUCCAGGGUCGUGAAGAUGUUAACGUGGGGGGAAAUGGGGUGACAGUGUAGCAGAAGUCGCCAGAAGUCCCUGUGCUGUCUUUGCAGCUUAAAAAAAAAAUUCUUAAACAAUCUGAAAAUAAAGUUUGAAAGAAGAGGGGUAAGCGUCUGGUCUGAGUGGGGGAGGUCAGGGAAGGGCCCCACAGAACGCUGCUUCUGCGUCAGGGCUUGAUGGUGGACUGAGGCCAACCUUGCGUGGGGCGGGGGUUGGGGGAGGUGAACAGGGGCAGAGGCACCCAGCCCACCUGCUGAGGGCGGCGCCCCCUGCUUUCCGUCACUGGGAACCUGACCACUUCAGGUGUCUCACGGAAGGUGGAGUGGCACGGUGUUUGUAUUUUUGUGACUGGCUUAGCGCACGUAGCGCUGUGAGCAUCCAGCCCACUCUCUUCGUCCGGUCACCUCCCCGCAGACCCUUGGGUUGCUUCCGCCUUUUGGUCGUUGUGAAUAAUGCUUCUGUGAACAGGGAUGUUCGAAUGUCUCUCUGAGAUCUUGGGUCUCCACCCAGAAGUGGGAUGGCUGCAUCAUAUGGUAGUUCUAUUUUUAAUUUCUUGAGGGAUCUCCAUACCAGUUUCCAAAGCGGCUGCGUUCUUUUACCUUCCCACGAGCCACGGGGAGAGGCCGGGGAUCCUUCUCGACACCACCCGCCGCCCAGGCCCGCCCCCCACCACAAGGAGCGAUCUGGCCCCAAAUGUCAGCAGUGCUAAGGCGGAGAACCCUGGACGUGAGCGAGAGAGGGGCGGAGGGAGACCCAGACUGAGUUUGCAGGGGCGGAGCUGGGCCCGUCCAGGCGUGCUGCCAUGAACGCUGUGAGGAGCAUGUCCUAGAAGAAGAAGAAGCACAAUCAUUGCCGCGGCGGAAGGGACCCCAGGAAGGGACCCGCGGGAAGUGCCUUUCUUGCGUUAUCUUCUUUAAACCCGCACCGCCGUGAGGGUGGCCGAGAAUGUGUUGAAAGCGGGCCGCCCUCAGUAGGUCCUCAGGAACCCGAGCUCGCUUUCCUUGCCCAUCACAGACUCACGGCCUGCAGACUGGGACCCUGCUCCCCCGUGUACUUUGUCCUUCCGUAAGCGAGGCACAAACACCGGUGGUCAGGCCAGCAGAUAAGGCAGCCGAACACACACAGCCCCUCCCGGCGGAACUUGUGUGGCCCGUGGCUGUGAGCGACGGGGUGGGGUUACCUGGCAACCGGGCCCACCGCCAGUUCUGCCCACCGCCAGCACCCCCACCCCGGCCACCAGGAGACUUGCUUCUGUGUGGGGUUCCCGGCUUGGCACCCAAGGCAGGGCAUGCUGGGCAGAGGAGAGGGUGUUGUUCCUUUGUGGUUCCAUAAUCAAAGAGACACCAGGCCUGGCCCUGAACACGAUUGACUGGGUUUGGGGAAAGAACGACGAAAAUGUAUUAUUACUGUAGCAAUCGUGGUUGUAUUAUUGAGUACCUGCUAUGUGCUGGGUAUCUCGCUCAUGAUUCUUUUGUUCGUCUGUAUAGAGGGCCUGCUGUGCGCCCGGCCAGGGCUAUUCCGGGCACAGGAGAUACAGCAGUGAGUGUGACAGGCAAAGUCUUUGCUUCCACAAAUCCUAUAUUCUGGUAAGAAGAGAGAAUAAAUAUGUGAACAAAUACAUAGCAUUUUAAGUAGUCAUAGGUAUUUUUGAAGAAACGUGGCAGGGGGAGGUGAGGCACAGUAGACUCAGGGUGUCAUUUCCUGGGGUCAGGGAGAAUAUUGGAACAGAGCCUUGAAUUAGGGGACCCAGUUGUGAAGACAUUUAGGGGAAAGUGUGUGUGUGCAAUGGGUGGGUACAGCAUGGGCAAAGGCCCUGUGGCAGGAGCAGGAGUGGCAGGUUUAAGCAACUGCAAGGAAGCCAGUGGGGUUGGAACAGAAUGGGUGAGAAAGAAGGUGGUGAGAGCCAAGACCAGAGAGAGUGGGGGUGGGCAGGUCACGGAGGGUCUUGCAGGCAAUUACCAGGGCUUUGGGUUUUCUUCUGGGUGAGAAAGGAGUCCGUCGUUGGAGGGUUUUGAGUAGAGGAGGGACACAAUCUGACUUUGGCUUUACAAAGCAUCCCUCAGGGGCGCCUGGGUGGCUCAACUGGUUAAGCGUCUGACUUCAGCUCAGGUCGUGAUCUCACUGUUGGUGAGUUCGGGCCCCGCGUCAGGCUCUGUGCUCACAGCCCGGAGCCUGGAGCCUGCUUCGGAUUCUGUGUCUCUUUCUGCCCCUCCCCCGCUCGUCCUCUCUUUUCUCUCUCUCUCUCUCAAAGAAAGACAUUAAAAAGUUUUUUUAAAAACGCAUCCCUCAGCUGCUAGAUGGAGAAUAGUCUAAAACUCUGAUCCGACGGUUGUUAGCCAUGUGUGGCCAUUUAAAUUUAACUGGGCACCUGUAAAGUUGCAAACUGAGUUCCUCGGUCAUGGUUGCCACCUUUCAGGCACUCGCUAGCCGGUGCGGAUAGCGAGCAUUUCCGCCAUCCCAGUAAGCCCUCUCGGGUGGUGCCGUCUGAGGGAGGCCAGUGUGCCCGACAGUCCAGGCAAGAGGUGAGGCUGACACUCGGCCUCUUGGUCUCACGGGCAGAGGCUGACUUGCCCGUGGAUCGGACGUAAGAGUGCAGAGUGGGCAAAAAGCCAAGGGCAGCUGGGUGAUUGCUGGCUGGAGAGGCCGUCACCUCGUAGCUCACCUGACUGAGCACAUGAUGUGCGCCAGGCACAGGCCGAGCGCCGUCCGGGCCUCCUGGAACCCCCAUACCAGUCCCGUGUUACAGCAGAGCCAGUGGGGCCCCCGCGGAGGGGUGUGAGCUGCAAGGCCAGCCUGCUCAGGGUCCAAGCACCAGGAUUCCAACCCCGGUCCUCUCGCUCUGUUCACAGGGCACGCCUCAUGGCACUUCUCUCGGAAGCCAUCCAUGAGGUGCCAGACCCUCCCGCCCCCAAGCGAAUUCAUCAGGGACCAGCCUGUAGUGCUGGCCAUUCUCGGCUCUUGGGCCCGGGCGGUGGCCCCGUGAGAGUGGGUCACGUGGUGAAGCAGGGCUGCUGGGAUGCCCGCCCCUUCCCAGCGACGCCCUGCCCGGUCUCGGGCAGACUAGCCCAGCUGGCCUUCUGGGAACCCUGCGUGGCUCACUCCUCAGUCCGGGGCCAACUCUGCGAGCGCCAAAGGGCUCCAAGUUCAUAUCUCACAACAGUUCUGUGAGGGAGGUGGGCAUUUCCCCCAUUUUCCAAAUGUGGAAACAGGCUCAGAGAGGUGCAGUCACUUGCUCGAAGUCACACAGCCGUGAUGUAGGAGGGGUGGACUUUGAACUUAGAAAGUCCUUGCUCUUCGUCACUAGGAUCUGCGGCCUCAGGGGGAAGCACUGGCGGGCAGGGCCUCCGUGGAGAGUCACACGGUUGUCAUUUCAGACCUUGUCACGGCCAUGUGUUGAGUGGGCUGGAAAUGCAUGUGCCCUGGCAAGGCGCUGACCCCUCCGGAGAAAAGGGCUUCUCGUUCUUUGCACAAAGAUUCCCCAGCUCGCCAGGCCGUGGCCUGAAUUGUCUAAGAGGUGGGGCUCCUUCUCUAAUUCCCACAGCCUGGCUGGCCCCCCUGCAUGGGGGACACAAGGAACUAGUGAGAACACCGUGAAGCCUGGAGGGCUGGCUGGGGAGGCAUCUUGGCUCAGUGGUCAUGAGUUUGUGUCUUGGAGCCCACAGUGCUGGGUUCAAAUCUCAGCAUGGCCUCUUUUGCCUCUGUGACUCACGCAGCUCGUGAAUUUCUAUAAGCUGCAGUUUCCUUUGUGUUGUUGUAAAGGGAAUGUUGGUAAUAAUAACAUCCUCCAUCUGGUAGGGCAGCCCCUUUCCGUGCGACUGGCUGCAUCUGCCCCACUGCAAGUUUUUUGGAGAUUCAGACUCUCAGACCCUACCCUCCUGCACUAUAGUCUGGAUUUUGACAAAACUCUCCAGGCAGCCCGUCGGCACAUUAAACGCGAGAGGCCGUGGUGUGGACUGAACAAGGUGAUUCAGGCACCGGCGAGCACAGGUAGUACGCUCCUCUGGGCGGGCACCUUCUGUCUCCUUGGUAGCUGUGUAGUCUUGAGCUGCCGGCCACGUACUCUGAACUCUCGUUAUCACAGUGCUUGGUGGUGCACAGAUGAGGCACCCUGGAAAACAGAUCGAUGCCUGGAAAAGCUUCCAGGUGAGUCGAUGCUAUCUGACCGUUUACUGCACCUUGAAGAGCCAGGCUUUCAGGGCAGACCACAAGCUGGAGACCGGUGCUGCUGCCCUGCCUUGAGGGCAGAGCUCCACGUCCUGCACUGGAAGAAACGCAUACCCCCCCGAGCCCAUGGCCCGAGGGCCAGCCACAUGGUCGGCCAGCCUCUCCUUGCAGUUUUAGGGCAGAUCGAUAUACGGUUUGAAGGAGCCCCGGGCUGGGGGGUAGAGAAGCAGACGGCUCUCACAUCUCGCUGGAGCCCAGGUUUCGAUUGGCUGAGUAAAUCUCCCAGGGGAGGAAAGAACACAGAGCUCACACAGGCGAGGGUGCAGGUUGGCUCGAGAGGGGCCGCGAGUACAGAUGUGUUUGCAGUGGGCCUUCGUCAGUGUUGCCCUCUGCACGCCACCCCCCCCGCCUUAAGUCACCUUCCUUGGGAGAGCUCUCCUAAGACAUGUUCAUGAAGACUUCCACAGGGCAAGCUUUUUAAAAGUGCGCGUGUGUAUCUUUGCAUGUGCGUGUUAUACAUCUGAUGCUCUUGGAGCAGAGGUAACUCCACCCCGCUGUUAGAGAAGAGUCUCAUCCCCAUGGACUGCGGUUCUGAGCCCCUUGCUGGCAUCCCCGGGGGCUCACGGGGGCCAGGGAUGACGAAGACGAGGAAAAGGAGCAGAGCCCGCUGAGACCGGCCGCUCUUGACCGUGAGUGUAGCCGGCAGCACGGGCAUCUGUUCCAGGAGCGUCGUUCCUGGGUAGGAGCAGCAGUGGUUGGGCUGCUCAGUAUUUUACGUAAGCAAACCCUGGGCGCCUGGGGGGUACAGUCGGCGAAGCGUCUGACUCUUGGUUUUGGCGCAGGUCAUGAUCUCACAGUUCGCGAGUUCAAGCCCCGUAUUGGGCUCUGUGCUGACAGCACAGAGCGUGCUUGGGAUUCUCUCUCUUCUCUCGCUGCCCCUCCCAUGCUUGCGCUCUCUCUGUCUCAAACUAAAAUAAGAAACAAACUUCAAAAAAACUUAAGGGACGCCUGGGUGACUCAGUCGGUUGAGCGUCCGACAUCAGCUCAGGUCAUAAUGUCACAAUUUGUGGGUUCGAGCCCCGCGUCGGGCUCUGUGCUGACAGCUCAGAGUCUGGAGCCUGCUUUGGAUUCUGUCUCCCGCUCUCUCUGCCCCUGCCCUUCUCACACUCGUCUCUCUCUCUCUCAAAAAUAAAUAAAUAUUAAAAAAAAAAAAUAAGCCAACCCUGGUAAUUCUGAUGUCGGUGACUCUGCAGAUCACACUUGCAGAAAUUGGGCAUUGGGGUAAGAAUCAGCAAGUCGGGCACAUAAUAGGUGCUCAGUCAACACUUGACGAGUUGUAGGUCUGUGUGUAGGAAUGAAUAAAACAUAGAAGAGCUCAUGGACGAAUGUGCAGAAGAAGAGUUUACGAGUGACAAUAUGCCGAAGGAGGGUGUCUGAGAAGGAGGGAACGCACGUGUGGCCGGGCGCGUGGAUGAGGUUGGGGUUCCAGGACAGUGGGGGAGGGGCAGGGCCUCCCGAGUGGGUUAAGUGAAGGGUGGUGCUCUGGUGUGUCUGGUGAGGGCCCGAAUGUUCCAAGUGGGAGCUCGAGGCGUUCUCCCCGAGGAUAGGCUGGGUUCUGGGAGCAGGGUAGAAAGGGGACCGUUAUUGUGGAAUCUAUAUAAAGUCCCUGCGGGGACCAGGGUCAGGGCAGCAGUGUGAACCUUAACCCAGAGUCUGGGCCCCGUCUGGGCCUGGAGAGAUGCCUUUGACUCCACAGCCGACCUUCCACAGGGAAGUUUGUUCUUUUGGGUGCCGUUGGGCUUACUCUGAGGACGGGAGCCUUUCUCCCUCGUCUUCACUGCGGAAACCCCUGCGCAUCCCGCGAGACCCACCGAGGAGUGCUUCCUGAGCGUGACCUUCCCCGUUCUAGGUGCGGACCACCGCAGCCCGGCUCGGGACGCUGCGGGAAAGCGAUCGGGGCAGGGGCUAGAAACCCGUGGCCCCUUCGUCUCAGUCUCCGUCUGCGGCUCCUCCUUCUUCUGUGGCGUCACGCUGGAAAGGAGACUCCCCUGUUUCUCGCUCUUGUCUCCAGGCUCCCAAAGAAGCUCCCCAUAUGGCCGGGCCUGGGGUAGGGGCCGACCUCCGGACCAGUCACCAUGGCUACCAGGCGGCAUCCUAUGGUAACCAUGGUGACCUCACCGCCAGUGGGGGCAGGGUCAUUCACAGGGGAGAUGGAGAGCUUUCCUAAGGGUAGGGAGGGACAGCAACACGAGCGGCCCGGCCUGCACCCCACACCCAGGAAGGCCUCACUUGCCUCCUCCCCUCUGAUUCACGCUCCCAGUGGGAAGGCAGCGUUCAGCACACGCUUCUGCCAUUAUGUUCAUGUCCCUUGGAGACCGGGAGCUCCUCCAGGCCGUGCCGGCCUCGUCCGCCUUUCCCGUCCUGUGUCGGGGCCGGUGCACGGUGAGUGGGCACACAUGUCCCAUGGGUGGAUGUGCCACCUCGCCCCCUCCUCCGCCAUUCGGGACUGGGACCAGAGCGUGUCUCUGGGCACUCCCAGCCAGCAGGAGGCUUCAGGAGAGAAACGAGGGAGACGGAGACAUAGUCGGUCCUUUGAGGCUGAAAUCGGGCAGCGGGAGACGUGGAGGACCGUUGACUGUCAUUUGUUUGGACAAGCGAGGCUUCUGCCACUCUGUCUCGGCCACUCUGGGGGAGACAAAGGCGCUUCUGAUGGGAGGCUGCCCUCUCCCCAAGAAGGAGGGCGUGCCGGGGCGGCUGGAUGCGUUUGCUUCCAGAUGAAAUUAUGUGCUUGGGGUUUGAGUGGACUUAGGCCUCAUUCAUGCAUGUCUGUUUGCUCAGCCUGCCAGGCCCACGGACCUGGUCUCCCAGCCUCCUGGGGACAGAUUGGGGCCUUGCUGUUCUUCCAGGGAGUUAAGGAGCAUUGUCCUCCCCUGUGCUCUCUUUCUGCAGUAGGUACUGCUCAGGGCGCCCACCCCUGUGAAGCUGGGAGGGGGCAUGGCGCUGGAGCCACACAUAGCUCUUGGGUUUGCAUCCCAGCUGUGCUACCCUUUAGCUGUGUGACCCUGGACAUGUGACUUGACCUCUCUGUUUCCUCGUCUAUAUAGUGAGGCUCAUCUUGCUGGCCUACGAGGUCUUGGCAAGGUUCUAAUGCAUUUGUACCUGCUUCUCCUAGGACCCAGCAGUCCUACUCUCAGUUAUAUUCCCGAGUGCUCUGUCCACCAGCAGACAUGAGCAAGAAUGUUCAAAGCAGCCUCAGCAAUAGCCUAAAAUUGGAAACAAGCCAAGUAUCCAGCAGUGGUAGAAUGGUAAACAAAUUAUAGCAUGAUCACACGAGGGAAUAGUAUACAGCAAUGAAAAAGGAUAAACACUACAGAUGAAUAUCACAGAUGUUGUGUUGCACAAAAUAAACCAGACACAGAGGGGUCCAUACUGCACGAUUCCUUUUAUAUGACGUGCAAGGGCAGAUAAAACUGGCCUGUAGCAAUAGAGGUCAUAAGAGUGGUGACUUCUGGGGGACACUGACCAGGAAGGGGCACGAGGGAGCCUUCUGGGUGUGGGGUCAUGAUCCCAUGAGUGUGUUCAUACCCGAAUGUUCAUCAGGCUCGUGCAUGCCAUCAGUGCACGGGACCGGAUGGAAGGACACCUCAGACCCUCCUGUCCCCCAGAGGGAAGGGUCCUGCAGCCAUGACUGUUCUGUAGAUGCUCAUUGGAAGGAGUCCCAGGGCACACCCCCGGGUCUUUGCUGCCUGGUGUGAGAACCUGCUGAUGAAGGGUCCUCAGCAGCCAUGUUGUGCUUGCUGUGGCCGCUGGGCCUUGCGUGUCCUUGCGGGUCCUCGGGGGUCCUCGCGGGUCCUCAUCGUCCUCAGAGUGCGCCGUGCCUGGUGUGGGGGCACAGUUGCUGCGGGCCGGGACCCCCUUUGUUUUUGCCUAUGGCUGGCGUAUUUGGACUGUGAGAAAACACUGUGGCCCUGGGAGCAUUUACUUAACCCUAAAGUCCUAGCCCCAUGGUUGGAGGAGACAGACAGACUUGCCCUGGAAAUCCCCUGGCUGCACCUCUGUGGGCCUCAGUUUCCACUUCUGCAAGCAUGAUGCUACCCAAGAGACAGCCUGUGUGAUGUGCCAGCCCUUUCUUGCUCCAGUGCCCCUUCUCCAUAGGACCCACCUUCUCGGCCUCUCUUCGCCCUGGCCCUUCUCUGCUUGGUUUCCUCUGCAGACUUGAUCACAGCGUAAAGUUCAUUUAUUCACUCAUUGCUUCCUUGGCAGCUUCCCGAAGGCAGGGACUUUUGUCUGUUUUGUUCACUGCUGUAUCCCCAGCCCUUGGCACAUAGUAGGCACUUCAUAAAUUGUUGUUGGCUUGGCACGGACCUGUUAGCGGCCGUUAGAAGGUUCUCAAUCUUUUCAUGCCCAAGGCUUUCUUUGGGGUAGAAUUGAGUCCAGAGAACUUCAAUAAACUCACCCAGGGAUGGUGGGAGCUGUAUGCCGAGUUGUUCAGUGUAAGAUUCAACUUCUUUUUAAAGCCGGAAGUCCCUGACAGAGGAAAGGCCCGCUUUGCAGAGGUGGAAACUGAGGCCCAGAAAGGUGCCGGGGACCUGCCUUCUAGGGCAGCUUUGAUAGUGAAGGAGGGCGAGGGGACCUCUGUGCCUUCCCCUUGGCGUUGACUGUGGACCGUGGCACGGUGGGUCGAGACUGCCUGCCCCUCUGACUUCCAGCUUGUUCUCCUCCAGUGCUCCGGCCACAUGCCUGCCCUCUGCCCGCUGGAAGUGGGGACGUCAGGAGGGAGCUAUGCUCCCAUCCUCAGGUGCAAGGCUGGCUGCUCGAUGAAAGCCCUGCAGUCUGUGGGCCGCAUGUCUCCCGUCUCGGCUUGGCAGGGGCCCAGAGCAAGGGCACCAGGCCUUGGGAGUGAGUCACUCUUUCUCCCUGCCAGGCGGGAGCUCCAGGGGACAGGGGAGUGACCCCACAGGGUGCAGGCCACGUGGGGGGAGGCCCAGGCAUGGCCCUCAGCUUGCUGGGGGACGAGGGAGGAGAGUGGAAACUUUGACAUUUGUUUCUUACUUUCAAGCCAGUUAGUGAGGAUCAACCUCACAGAUCAACAACAGCCCUAAACCUUGGCUCUUUCUAUUUGAGAAACCACAAAGGAAAGGAGGACUGGAUUUGGCUACAUAAAAAAAAAAAAAAGGCACCCUUGAGCAUGGAAAAACAGACCGACAAAUCAGCCUUACUGUAAACCGAUGUGAAAGGCAAA